AACAAGCAGAGGAGUACACCCAAUUACAUUUUUCACAUUUGAAUACACUUUUCACAUUGGAAAUACUGAAAUUUUAGGAAUUUUUAACAUUUUUUUUCAAAACGUAAAAUAAUUUUGGUGAAAUUCAGUUAUUGAAAUAGAAAUAGUUCAAAUACAUCGAAUAUCAAAAUGUGCUUCCAAUAUUUCAUAACAAUUUCUUACGAAUAAUUCCAAGUUACCCAUUUUUUAUUCGGUUUUAUUUUGCGUGGAAGUUUUUUAUUUUUUUAAAUCUGGACAUUUUAUUCAUAUAUAAUAAAAAAAAUGUUUUUGAAAUACUCGACUGUUCUAUUGUUCACAAUUUUGUGUUUUUACGGCGUAUUUGGGUCAGAGGAUGAAGAACGUUUGGUAAGAGACCUUUUUCGUGGAUAUAACAAAUUGAUUCGCCCUGUGCACAAUAUGACCCAAACAGUUGACGUACGAUUUGGAUUGGCUUUUGUGCAAUUAAUUAACGUUAAUGAAAAAAACCAAAUUAUGAAAUCAAAUGUUUGGUUGCGAUUGGUUUGGAAUGAUUAUCAAUUGCAAUGGGAUGAAUCUGAGUAUGGCGGUAUUGGAGUUCUUCGAUUACCACCAGAUAAAGUAUGGAAACCAGAUAUUGUUUUAUUCAACAACGCUGACGGAAAUUAUGAAGUGCGUUAUAAAUCCAAUGUCUUGAUUUAUCCGAAUGGUGAAGUAUUAUGGGUUCCUCCUGCUAUCUAUCAGAGCUCCUGCACAAUUGAUGUCCGGUAUUUCCCGUUUGAUCAACAAAUGUGUGUUAUGAAAUUUGGUUCGUGGACGUUUAAUGGAGAUCAAGUAUCGUUGGCACUCUAUAACAAUAAGAAUUUCGUCGAUUUGAGUGAUUAUUGGAAAUCUGGAACAUGGGACAUAAUCGAAGUACCAGCAUAUUUAAAUGUGUAUAAAAAUGCCGGACAACCAACAGAAACUGAUAUAACAUUCAAUAUAAUUAUAAGACGGAAAACCUUAUUCUACACAGUGAAUUUAAUCUUGCCAACGGUUCUCAUUUCAUUUCUUUGCGUUCUUGUGUUCUAUUUACCAGCAGAAGCUGGUGAAAAGGUCACACUUGGUAUUAGUAUUUUGCUGUCACUGGUUGUGUUUCUGUUGCUGGUAUCAAAAAUCUUGCCGCCAACAUCAUUAGUUUUACCUUUGAUUGCCAAAUAUCUGCUCUUCACUUUUAUUAUGAACACCGUCUCAAUUCUCGUGACCGUUGUAAUUAUCAAUUGGAAUUUCCGUGGACCGAGAACUCAUCGUAUGCCAUCUUGGAUACGAACCGUAUUCUUACAUUAUUUACCAACAAUGCUCGUAAUGAAACGGCCACGAAAAACUCGCCUACGUUGGAUGAUGGAAAUGCCUGGACAACCAAUACCUGGAAUGAGUAUGCCACCUCAGCCGAACUAUGGAUCUCCAACAGAAUUGCCAAAACAUAUCAGUGCAAUUGGUUCGAAACCAUCCAAAAUGGAAGUAAUGGAAUUGUCCGAUUUACAUCAUCCAAACUGUAAGAUUAAUCGCAAAUUGAACAGUGGAGAUAUAAGUGGAAUUGGGGAUCGCAGGGAAAGCGAGAGUUCAGAUUCAAUUAUACUCUCGCCCGAAGCAAGUAAAGCAACUGAAGCCGUGGAAUUUAUUGCUGAACACUUGAAAAACGAAGAUUCAUAUAUUCAGACUCGUGAGGAUUGGAAAUAUGUUGCAAUGGUAAUCGAUCGCCUUCAGCUCUACAUAUUUUUCAUUGUUACUACCGCUGGUACCGUUGGUAUCUUAAUGGAUGCACCGCAUAUUUUUGAAUACGUCGAUCAAGAUAAAAUUAUUGAAAUCUAUCGCGGCAAAUAA